AUGUCGAAGAGGAUCUUCCCGAUCAACGACUGGGCGCCUGCACAGGAGGCAAUGAUGGGGCUUGAUCAGGCUUCCGGGUCGACGAUGACCUCCCGCGGACGGUCUCACGGGCCCAGCAGCUCUUCAGGCGAAUCCGACGACCAUCGACGACGCAGUCUCAGCCUGUCCCUCCCCUGGAAGCGGCCCAAGUCCGCCAUGCUGGACUUGCAAGAACUUUCGUCACAGAACUUGAGCGGAUCGGCCAUCGAUGACGAUGGGCCCGAAGGCCACACGCGACCCCGCCCUCGAGGGCUCAGCCACGGCAAUGCCUACCAUCACUCGACGAGCAUCAAAGGCAUAUUCCGAAGGGCUUCACUGUCCCUCCGGGGAAUGGUUCAUCGACGUCACCCGGUCGUAGGCGAAGCCAUCACCGAGGAGCACCCAAAUGCUGCCAGACCCACCACUGCCCAUUCGACCUGGAACCGGAUUCGACACCACGCUGCUAUCCGACACUCGCGAUCCUUCUACGGUCUCGACUUUACACACGAGCCUCUUCCUCUGCACUCGCAAAAUACGCAGCCUGGGGGUCAGUAUGGGAGACCAGGGAUUGGUAGUGAGCCACCCUUCAUCCCCCACAACACAGGCGCUGCAGCCAAAGCAUCUGCAGCCAUGCAGAAUGAGGUCUUGAUGCAGAACAGCCUGCAGAGCAUUUGGCUAUACCCAACUACGAGCGAAGACGGAAACGAUCGAGAGAGCGGUAUCGGCAUUACCCUAACCUCAGCGGAUGAGCCCGAUCCUCAGAUUAGCCGCAUCGAUUUCAUCACCCAACUACCCGGUGAACUUGCAAUCCACAUCUUGGCGUAUCUGAAUGCCACCAGCCUCGCCAAGGCUUGUUUGGUGUCCAAGGCCUGGAACAAGGCCGUCGACACUCAGCACAUUUGGAGGGAGUCCUGCCUUCGUGAGACCACUGGAACAUACGCCACCAGCCUCCCUGUCGGUCCAGAUACUGGACAGGGACUGCCGAACAUUCUCCCAGGGAACGACUGGAGGCAGAUCUAUAGGGUCAAGAGGGAGCUCGAUCAACGAUGGAAACAAGGAGAUGUCAGCGCAAUCUCCCUUCAUGGGCAUACCGAUAGUAUCUACUGCCUACAGUUUGACGAGCAUAAAAUCAUUACCGGAUCUCGUGACAGAACGAUCCGAGUCUGGGACAUGCAUACGUUCGAGUGUCGCCUCAUUAUUGGUCCGCCUGAAGUCAUCUCCAAACCAGAUUUGCUUGAUGGCGAGAAGGGCCCGGUCCAUUUUGCGUCAACCUCGGAGGACUCCCACUCGCUCUCAGUGUCUUUCCCGGAUACCCGUGCGUUCAAUGUAUACCACCAGGCAUCCAUCUUGUGUCUGCAGUACGACGACAGCAUUCUGGCGACUGGUUCGUCAGACUCGACCUGUAUUGUUUAUGAUAUGCAUGCCGGGUUCAAGCCGGUGCUUCGCCUUCGGCAUCACACCGCAGCCGUUCUUGACCUCGCUUUCGACAACAAGCACAUUGUGACAUGCAGCAAGGACAAUACCAUAUGUGUAUGGGAUCGACUGACUGGGGCACUGGUUCGCCAGCUCACAGGUCACUCUGGGCCCGUGAACGCUGUGCAGAUGCGUGGGAAUACGAUCGUGUCGUGCUCCGGCGACUUUCUUGUCAAGCUCUGGAACAUUGACACGGGCAAAAAUAUCCGGGAGUUUGUUGGCCAUACUAAGGGCCUGGCCUGCUCCCAGUUCUCCGAAGACGGCCGUUAUGUGGCUUCUGCAGGCAACGACAAGGUGAUCCGCAUCUGGGAUGCGAACACUGGAGAGUGUAUCCGCGAGAUGCGCGCGCACGAGAAUCUCGUUCGAAGUCUGCACAUUGAUAGUGUCAGUGGACGGCUCAUCAGUGGUAGUUACGACAAGGAUAUCAAGGUCUGGGAUAUGGAGUCCGGCCGCGAGCUGAUGAAGUUUCCCCAGUGGCACCAGCAAUACGUUCUCAGUGCCAAGAGUGACUAUCGACGAAUUGUCAGCAGUGGUCAAGAUCAGAGAGUUGUAAUCAUGGACUUUGGCGCUGAUGUCAAAGGAAUUGAGCUGUUGGAGAGCAGUGUUGGAAGCGACAUGUCGUUUUUAUCAGCCUGUAAGUGA